AUUUUCUCUUUUCGACACAUAAACCGGAAGUGAAAAAACAAGCAUCCGGAAGUAAAACAGCGAAGGCGCUUUGGCGACAGGAGAGGAGAAAGAUGGCGCCGGCUGUGUUCAAUCUGAUAGAAGCGAGAGAUAAAUUCACGGCUGCCACCAGAAAUGCGCUGGAGACUCGAACCUGCAAACCUCUGAUGAGCGUUUUUAACCAUUUCCCUGGAAAUGAGACGGAGAAGAAGAGCACUCUGGACCAGUCUCUGCGCGGCGUUCUGGAGGAACAGAUUGUGAAGCACGCGGAUGUGGAGGAUCAUCUCUCUCUCAUCUCCAUCAGCAUCAGCGGUGUCACUGAGGGUAUCUGCUCAGCCAGCACUCCGUUCCUGUUGCUCGGUGACGUUCUCGACUGUCUCCCUCUGGAUGAGUGUGACAGAAUCUUCUCGUUUGUCGAGGAGAACGUCUCCACGUGGAAAUCCAGUUCCUUCUACUCAGCAGGGAAGAACUACUUGUUGAGGAUGUGUAACGAUCUCCUGCGCAGACUCUCCAAAUCCCAGAAUACAGUGUUCUGUGGGAGGAUUCAGCUUUUCCUCGCUCGUCUCUUCCCUCUGUCCGAGAAAUCAGGUCUGAAUCUUCAGAGUCAGUUUAACCUGGAGAACAUCACGGUGUUUAACAAGAACGAACAGGAGAGUACACUGGGACAGCAGAGCUCUGAGGUUAAAGAGGAUGGGAUGGAGGAAGGAGAAAUGGGAGAUGAAGACACACCUGCUCCAUGCUCCAUUCCGAUAGACUACAACCUGUACAGGAAGUUCUGGACGCUGCAGGAUUACUUCAGGAACCCGGUGCAGUGCUACGACAAGUUCUCCUGGAUCACCUUCAUUAAGUACUCAGACGAGACGUUGGCGGUGUUUAAGAGCUUUAAGCUGGACGACACUCAGGCCUCCAGGAGGAAGCGGGAGGAGAUGCAUACGGCCGGAGGGGAGCAUGUUUAUUUUGCGAAGUUCCUAACCAGCGAGAAGCUAAUGGAUCUGCAGCUUAGUGACAGUAACUUCAGACGUCACAUCCUGUUGCAGUACCUCAUCCUCUUCCAGUACCUCAAGGGGCAGGUCAAGUUCAAAAGCUCCAACUGUGUCCUCAAUGAUGAUCAGACGUCCUGGAUGGAGGAGACUACAAAGCUUGUAUAUCAGCUGCUCAGAGAAACUCCUCCUGAUGGUGAGAAGUUUGCUGCUAUGGUGGAGCACAUUCUAAACACCGAAGAAAACUGGAACGCCUGGAAGAACGAGGGAUGCCCAAGCUUUGUCAAAGAGAGAACCACAGAGACUAAACCUCAGCGGCCCAGCAGGAAGCGAGCAGCACCCGAGGACUUCCUGGGUAAAGGGCCAGAGCGCAAACUCCUCAUGGGCAAUGAUGAACUGACGCGACUGUGGAACCUCAAUCCUGACAACAUGGAGGCGUGCAAGUCCGACAGCAGGGAGUUCAUGCCAUCACUGGAGGAGUUUUUUGAGGAGGCCAUCGAGCAGGCCGACCCGGCCAACAUGGUGGAGGAUCAGUACAAGGUGGUGAGGAACUCAAAUUACGGCUGGCGAGCUCUCCGUCUCCUCUCACGCCGCAGCCCGCACUUCUUCCAGCCCACCAAUCAGCAGUUCAAGAGUCUGGAGGAUUAUCUGGAGAACAUGGUGAUCAAACUGGCCAAGGAGCUGCCCAAGGACCUCCCGUCUGAGGAGAUAAAGACAGGAGAGGAGGAGGACGAGAACGGAGACAAUCUUCUGAAGGAGAGCAAUGACAGUCCGAGUAUUCAGAGCAAACUGGUGACGAACAGUCAGAUGGAUGAAAUCGCCAAGAAGCUGGGGGCGCAGUGGAAGACGCUCGCCCCUCACCUGGACGUGAAGGAGGCGGAGAUUCGCGAGAUCGAAGCGGACAGCGACGACGUGGAGCUUCAGGCCAAAAUGAUGCUGGUGUCCUGGCAGGACCGAGAGGACGCUCAGGCCACCAUGGAGAGCCUGGUCACGGCGCUGAACGCCGCCGGCUUCGCUAGCAUCACGCAGGGCUUCAGCGAAACAUGAGCGCUAAAGCGGGACUUCGCUCAGCACAGUGCUAAUGAUACGCUGUUCCCGUAGUGACAGUAGUCAGAGGCGACGGAGUUACUCGCUCCUCACUCGUUCGCCUGGACGUCCUGUUUAACACGGAGCUCACUGCUAGUAAAUGAUUUCAUUAGCACUACGCUAGAAGCAGAUUAGCGUAAUUCUAUACAACUCUUCUUCUUUUAAUUUUUUUUUUUUUUUCCAUCUUUCCACAUGGUGUUUUGUACAUAUUUGAUGUAUUUGCAAAUAAACAUCAGUCGUGUUGCAGUAGCACGGUUCAAUA